CGGGGCGGGGCAGACAUGGCUGCCUCCGAGCGAGCGGACUCUGAGGUGGAAGACGCAGGACAGGUCUUCCUGCUGAUGAAGAAAGACUAUCGGAUCUCCCGCAACGUGCGCCUAGCCUGGUUCCUCAAUCACCUGCAUCAAGUCAUUUGGGCUGUGCCUGAGACAGAGCUGGUGAAGUCAGAUAAUGAACUGGAUGUUCUCAGCAUCCUGCCAAAUGGAUGGCAGCCACAUGAGUCUGUCCGGCCUAGGCCUUAUCUCCUAGUGCCUUCCACACAGGUCACCUUCCUGGCACGACAGUACCGCUUUGUGAUUGAGCUCGACCUGAGCCCAUCCACAGGCAUUGUGGAUGACUCAACGGGGGAGAUCAUUUUUGAUGAGGUGUUUCAUGCCCUUUCUCGAUGCCUAGUGGGAUUGCUAAAACCCUUCCGAAUUCCUGGUUCAGAAAUUACCUACCAGCCAGAGAUCUUUGUCACCAUCCAAGCAUAUUCCUCCAUCAUUGGUCUGCAGUCCCACCAGGUGCUAUUCCAAGGCUGUCAGCUGGAUGAGACCAAGAGAGAGACCUUCCUGCAGCAAAUUUACACACAGCUGUGUGCCUUUGAGAAUAAAGUGGCUGAGAUGCUCCAACAACAGUAUGAACCCAAGCCCCAGGUAGAUUUGUCACCCCUCAGCCAGGAGAGUCCUUGUGCCACACAGGAACCUUCUGGAAGGAAGUCGGGUGUCUCCAUGGUCACUGCUGACAUUGGCCUAGUCAGCAUGAUCCGACAGGGGAUCUUAGCACUGCAGCUGUUGCCUUCCAACUCCGGUGCAGGUAUCAUCAUAAUCACAGAUGGUGUGACCAGUGUCCCGGACGUGGCUGUGUGUGAGACUCUGCUCAACCAGCUGCGGAGUAGCACUGUGGCCUGCUCCUUUGUGCAGGUGGGCGGAGUCUACUCAUAUGACUGCAGCUUUGGCCACGUCCCCAAUGUGGAACUGAUGAAAUUUAUUGCUAUGGCAACUUUUGGUGCAUACCUGUCUACCUGCCCUGAGCUGGAUCCCUUAAGCCUCGACCUCAAUGUAUAUCACAAGGCCUUCCUGCUGUAUUCCUUCCUGCGCACUGGGGAGUCCCUGAACCCAGAGUAUUACUGUGUGUCCCAGCACAGACUGUUCAAUGAGCAUUUGGUGUCUGCAAGCAGCAACCCGGCUCUGGCCAUGAGGAGGAAGAAGCACACAGAGAAGGAGGUGCAUGCAGACCUCGUGAGCAUAGUCUCUGUCCGGCUGCGUGAGGGCUACAGCAUCCGUGAGGUCAACAUCACCAAAGGCGGCUCCCAGCUGGAAGUGAAGCUAGUCUUGCUGUGGAAGCACAACAUGCGGAUAGAAUACCUGGCUGUGGCGGCAUGGCCCCUGGACCCCUCCAAGCGCAGUACCUGGGUGGAGGUGACAAUGGAGGGCAGCUAUGACAUCCUGCAUGAUAUCAGCUGCACCAUGAGGAAGCCUAUCACCAGCCUGUACCGCACUACAGUGAUCCGUCGCUUCUGGAACACACUGCAGAGCAUCAACCAGACCGAUCAGAUGCUGGUUCACCUGCAGUCUUUUGACACCGUUCCAGAGCACUUCACCAUCCCUGAGAGCACUAAGAACGGAGUGCCCCUUUUCUACAUCCCACCGGGCUCCACUACCCCGGUGCUGUCCCUGCAGCACAGCGGCUCUGACUGCAGCCAUUCACAGUUUGCCUCCUACUGGAAGCCCAUCCUCUCCAUGGAUGCUAAUUUCUGGCAGAGGUGGCUGCAUAUGCAUCGGAUUGUCCUCAUGCUGGAGCAUGACACACCUGUCCCAAAGCACCUGCACACACCAGGCAACAAUGGCCGGUACAGCACCAUCCAGUGCCGCAUCUCCCACUCGGCACUCACCUCCCUGCUGCGGGACUGGAGCAGCUUUGUGCUAGUGGAAGGCUACUCCUACGUCAAACUGAUGCCCAGCUCUGAGGAUCCAGCUCCUUCCUCAUUCUAUGUGGUACGGAUCAUCUCCAAAGCUCCCUGCAUGGUUCUCCGGCUAGGGUUCCCCAUCGGGACGCCUGCCCAGGCCAGGAACCGGAUAGUGGAGGAGUUACAGGACCGGAUCCUGCAGCUGCGCUUCCCCCACAGGGUCCAGAGCAAAGAGGCGACUCCCAAAGUGAAGAGGAAAACUUUUGGCAGCAGCUCUCCCUCGAAGUCCCCGCCCGUGGCUGGGGCCCCGCCAGCCCUCUCAGACAGGCCCUGCCUUGUAGUGCUGCACAAGCCGCUGGAGAAGCUCCUGAUCAGGUAUGAGAAGCUGCCUUCCGACUACCGGGCUCCCUUCAUCCUCACCCUGGAGCACCCCCCUGUGUCCGGCCCCCUCACCAUGGUGGCCAACCGCACCGCCUCCUCCACCCUGGCUUCGCUCUCCCGCUACUUCUAUCACCAGCGCUGGAUCUGGUGCAUCCAGUCGGGGCUGGCCCCAGCCGUGCCCAUCGCAGCCGUAGCCCAUCUCCUGUCCACACUCACCGAGGUCCGUUUGUCAGAGGGCUUCCAUUUUGCAUCCAGUGGAGACGGAAUUAUCAAUAUGGUGCUGGAGCUGCCCAUACGGAGUGACUCCUCCAGUGACGACAGCAGCGGCAGAGAGAAGCACACUUGCAUCGUCCAGUAUGUCCUCUUUCCACCCCACUCCACCUCCACCAAGGACAGCUUCUCUACAGAUGAUGACAACGACACAGAGGUGGAGGCCAUCGAAAUGGACACCGAGCUGAACCUGGUCACUGAGUGCUGGGUGGAACCACAGAGUGGCCACAUCCGCAGCACUGCUGAGAACUGGAGGUAUCUCCAAGGGCUGCCCUACCAGAAGAUCCCCAAAGCUCUGUACCCCAGGGAUCUGGCCUGCAUUAGCACCAUGCUAACUUUCGAGUACAUCAGCCAGCUAUGCCAGAACAAGGAGUGGGUGUCCCCGGCUUUGGAAGCCAAGGCUGCUGAAGGCCCUGACAUGGGGGCUGGCUCCCAUGUGCAUGAGAUCCCAUUCCAGUUCAGCCUCCUGAAGCUGCUACCCAAAUGCCAGCAGAUCGAAAUGUUCUUCCUCAUGCUGACGGGAGAGGAUGAGGUGAUGGCCAAGGACUCUUCGUUUGCACCCAAUGAAAUGCUGCUAGACUUCUUCCACGGCUGCCUGCAGCAUGACCUCAGUGACCGGGAGAUCCCUUUGGCGGACAUGGAUCACAUGGCCUUCAUGGAGCAGGUCCUACAGCGGGACCGCGAUGGCCAUCUGCCCCCAUUCACGCUUCCAGUGAUCCGAGAAGAGCCCCUGAAGGCCCCUGCACCCCUGGACCAGCAGGAUCCCUCUUUAGCUGCUCACCCUGUUGGCAGUAGCACUACCAGGGACAUGAAUGGCUCCACGAGCACCCUGCAGAGCCUGUGCAGCGCAGAGCUGCCGGAGGCCGACGUGUCCCCGGCCGAUGCUGCUGGGCUUCUCCUGCAAUGGCGAUGCUACGCCAAGCUGGUCAGUCCACAGCACCUCUUCCUCACCUUCCUGCCAGCCACCUUCCCUGACAUACAGAAGCUGAUGGCUUGUGCGCUGGAGAAAGCCCUGAAGGAGGACGGCUCUGCAGGAGAGAGCCUGGACUCUGUCUGUGGGGAGCCGGGCAGAACGGGACUCGAGGAGGCGGUGGCUGCGGCAUUCCCACCUACCCUCAGUGUAACGCCGGCCAAUGAAGCAGGCCAGGACCCAGGAGAGCCAGGCGCUGCCCUGCGGAAGGACGUACACAUCUCCUUCAGCCGCCAGGCCUCGCAGCCCGAGCUGAGCGAGGGGCACCGGGUCCGCUGCCCUGUCUACGUCUAUAGCUGCUCCUUGGAGCUGCUGCGGGAGCAGAUGGUCAGCCCCCGGACACACCGGCCUCCGCGGGACAUCUUUUUCAGGUCCCAGUUUCUGGAGCGCCCCCCAAAUGCCACCUGGCUAGACCACAAGCACAAGGAGCUGGUGAGUUACUGCACGCUGCUGCAGGAGCACUCGCACCAGUGCUACGUGAAAGGGCUGUUCAAGAGCCUGCAGCAGUCGCAUAGCAUCAGCUCCCAGGACCUUCUCACAGCCAUGGAUUACUGCGAGGAGCUGCUGCAGGAGAUCGACAUCACCAACUUCCUGCUGACCCUCUGCAGCCAUGUGCGGGCCUUCCGCGAGAGCCACCGGCACUUCCACAUGCACCCCAGGGCAGCCAGCCUGGAGCAGGAGGAGGAGCUGCACUCCAGGGAGAGGGGUGUCCUCGUCUCAGAGUCUAGUGCGGAGAUGGAGGACUACAGCGAGCAGGACCACGGAGGUUUCUCAUGCCCCACUGAGGAGCCCAAGAUCAGCGCCAGCUGCUGCCCGGAGUUCCCCCUAUCCCUGCUGGAGAAUGGCCAGCCCUGCCAGGUGCACCCUGACCUGCAUAAAAUCAUCCAGGAGAAGUUCCUGGAAAUCGGGAGUUUGCAUUUUAAGCCAGUGCUGUCGAAUCCUCAUUAUUUCUUCUACUGUCCGCCCUGUGCCAAGAAAGAGGAGGAGGCCUCCCGGGACCAGGCAGACAGGAAGGGCAGCGAGGACAUGGAGGGGUCGGAGGCUGAACUGGCAGUGGAAGAAGGGACCGUGUCUGGCUGCUGCAUUGCCACCGAGAGUGACCCGGAGCUGGAGGUGGAGUAUCGGGAGAAGCUGGAGAACGAGUUCCCAGACUUGGGCUCCCUUUCGGACUCGAACACCGUCAACCAUGACGACGACUCGUUCAGCGUCCUGGGCGGGGACUCGCUGAACGAGCAGGAGCUCCUGGAGCAGGAGAUGCCGCCGCUCUUCGUGCACCUGACCUGCUCGGUGAAGCUGCGCACCCAGCACAGCUCCAUGCCCGUGCGGUCACUGCCCACCUGCCUGGGGGAAGUGCUGAGCUGCCUGGAGACCUGCAAGGCUAUGGCCAGCAUUGACCUCAGCGACCUCUGUGUGACCCUGGACAUCUUCGUGCUGACCUUGCCGCUGGAGAUAGAAGGUGUAAACGCUGACCUUCAUCACAACAGGUACACGUCUGAGAGCAGCAUCUCCUUCACCCGCUCGCCCGGGCAGCCCUCCUCCUUUCGCUCUGACGAGGAGAUCAUGCACAACCUGGACCGGCUGCCGUCUACGGGAGGCGAGAGGCAUCCAGCGCUCUCCAACCUCCCAGGGGUACACAGACAAGCUGUCGAAGCCACCAUGAAUGAGAUCCGCUGGCUUCUGGAUGAUGAGAUGGUGUCUGCACUGCGCCAUUCGCAGGCGGUCAGCACCUCCAUCCUGGAACGGGUGGCCACCCACGUCUACAGCUCCCAGGGGAGGCCUAGCUGCCACAGCGAGGUGGUGCCGCUGCAGUUCGUCUUCGGGCCCGAGCACUCCUUGGAGAAGUUCAAAGAGGAGUUCCGGAGAAUGACCCUGCCUGGCUACGUGCUCAAUGCUGAGGGCAGCGAUUACCACUACAUCUCCGUCAGCCGCUUGCGCCCCUUGGAGGCCCCCGCCAGCGCUGUCCCCAGCCUGCAGCAGCCCGCGCCAGGAGGAAGCACUGGAGCAGCCCAGAGCCACGUUGGGCAGGAGGGGAGUAGUGAAGCAGAUGCCGAAGGCCUCCAUCCAGUGCCCUCCCUGCCGCAGGGGGCUGGGAGCCUCUGGGCCUGGCCAGUGGGUGAGAGCCAGUUUGGGCCGGACGUGGGAAAUCCACUGAGCGAGAGCGGACAGACGCAGGACGAGGAGCCAGAGGAGGUGCUGCGGCCGGAGCAAAGUGGAGCGGUGGGACACAGCUCGCUGGAGGAGGCAGCCCGGGAGAUGACCCCCCUGACUCCUCCCCACUCUCGGUUCCUGCCCUUGUCCUCGGAGAAGGGGAGUGGUGAGAAAUCGCCAUCAGCAGCGAGCCUGGCUGACUCCGGGACCCAGGGCAGGGAAGGCGCCACCAAGCAGCGUCCCAGCCGAGUGCAGAGCCUAGUGUCAAGCCAGGGCAGCAUGGACUCGGAUCACUUAGGUUAUGAUGGAGGGAGCAGUGACUCGGAGUGCGACGAAGCCCUGAUGAGCGACCAUGACCCCAAGUGCCCCCUGAUGCCGGAUUUCUGGCUCAUUGUAAAGAUCCAGCAGGACCGGGUGGAGGUGUAUUCUCACACACGCAGCCUGAGUGCAGAGCAGGUGGCGAUGGCUGAGGCCGGGAAGGAGCCGGCCGGGGAGUGUCUGCGUCUCCACCAGACCGUGGUGAGGAAGAUUGGCGAGAUCUGCAGGGUCGUUAACCAGCGCUUGCUGCUGCAGGACCUGCACGACAGCCACGUCUGCAACACGCUGCUGGUGGCGGAGAGCGAGGAGGACAUCUGGAAGAGCGAGACUCCCUACAACUCCUAUCGGCAGCGCGCCCAGCCCACCGAUGAUUACUCCACCGAGGAAAGCUACCAGCCCCGCGACUACCUGGCAGCCACCAUGCAGUUCAUGCCAGGUCACUUCGCCUGCCCCGUGGUGUGGAGCACCCUCAUCCACGUGCACUCCCGUCUCAAGAUGGGGCCCAAUAUGGGGGUCUCGCGAGCUAUCCAGGCGCUACGCUCGGUGCUCAAUGCUUUCUGUGUGGUGAACAGGAAGAACAUGUUUGUCUACCAGGAGCGAUCCACCAAGUCAGUCUUCUACCUCCGACUCUCUGAAACCACCCACAACGGGAAGGCGGGGGAAGGGGAGAGCACCCAGGGCUGCGUGUGCCACUCGCUGGCUCUGACGCGCAGUCAGGAGCCCAUUCACAUGGAGGAUCAGACAGGCUCGCGCUCCUCCCUGGACACAGCCUCCUGCCGCAGCGCGGACUCUGCCCGCCCCGUGGGCCAGGUGGACAGACACAUCCAGCUCAUGGUGCAUGGUGUCGCCCCAGCAGGGCCCGAGAUCACAGACGAGCUGGUGAAGGUUCUGCGCAGGCGUCUGGAUGAAGCCACCUUGGACAUCAUCACUGUCAUGCUGGUGCGGAACUGCAAGCUGACCCCGGCCGACGUGGAGUUCAUCCAGCCCCCAGGCUCUCCGCCCACAGAAGUCCUCCAGUUCACUCUGCCCCCAGCCUCUCUGCCCUGGCUCCCUGCUGUGGCCUGUUACCUGCGCCAGAACCUGCUCAUCUUCCUGCACACCCCCAAGUACACCGACAGCAACGUAGAGCACCACUUCAAGGUGAGGGGCUGGGGCCCUGCGUGCGGCCGUGUUCCCACAUGGACUGGGGGUGCAUCGGAGCAGGGCUCCGGCUGGCACUACUUCCAGCAGGGUGGCAGUCCCGACCUAGAUCUCUACCUGUACAACAAGCCUGGUGGCCAAGGCACUGGCGGCAAAGGAAUUGCGUGCAUUGCUCUGUCGUUCGUGGAUGAGCGUGACAGCCCCCUCUCACUGGCGCACUGGGAACAGUCUAGUUCCCUGAAGCUGCCCCCGUCCCCACCUGGCACAGACCUGCUGCAGGACGCAGACUUCGAGAGCCUCACUGCAGUCAGCAGGCACCAUGCUGAGCCCGGCACCCUCCAACCAGCUGCCUGCACCCUGGUGCGCUUGGACGUCUGGGAGAAAGGGAACAUCAGCCCCCUGCAGCUGUCGGAGAAGCUGCGCAGCGCCGUGCGCCAUGCCCUGUGCGAUGCAGUCAUGGAGUUCCGAGUGCUGCCGGCCCCACUCUGUGUGGAGGCCGCCUGCCCGCCAGAGGAGCUAGGCAGUGGCGGAGGCCUCCGGAGGACCAUGUCGGAGACCAAGGGGCUGGCUCUUCCUGCGGGCAGUGCUGGUGCCAGUAGAGUGCCCCCGCCCCCUCUGCACUUCGCCUCAGCCCCCAGCUCUAGUUCCGGCGAGCCAGUCACGCCCACAAACAAGAUGGGGCGCCGGAGCUUCUGGGACAUGCUGAGUAAGGCCGACUCCUCAGAGCUGGGCAGCCCCAAAACCACUGACGACAUCGUGCUGGAGCGGCCAGAGGAGAGUCGCACCCGGCGCCGCCACAAGACCGAGAGCGUCAAGCAGCACCUGAGCCAGGAGCGCGCUUCCGCCACGGCCGAGCUGGAGCAGGCCCAGAGGCGCCAAGUCUGGCAGCUCCAGGAAGGGGAAGUGGGCACCAUGCACCCGCUCUUCAGUCAGACCUGCCGGCAGUGGAUGGCGUUCAUGAGUCGGCUGGGGUGUCCUUCGGUGCAGCAGUGCUCGGUGGAGAUCGUCUCCCGCUUCCUGCUCGGCUCCAUCCUGGAGGAGGUGGUGAGCCUGGUCACGGCCCUGGCAAGCGACACCGUUGUCAAGGUGUUCCAGCAGCACUGCUGCCCUCGGGGCGCCGCCUUCCUUCCAUACAACCCCCAUCAGAGCUCCAGUCCUCGGCCUGCAGCCAUCCGACAUUUCAUCCUGCUGGGACGCAACUUCCAUCAGUGGCGCUCCAGCACUGAGCAGGCCCACAAGGGGCUCCAGCACUUCGAGGCCAUGGAGCUGAGCUUGGCGGAGAAGGGCUCCAACUCCAGCCCCUCGCUGGCCCCGCGGCAGAGAUUCCUUCUCCUGGAGAUCCUUGACAAGAAGCUGAUGCUCUACACCUACAACUGGUCCCCGGACCUGGGCAGCUCCUUGAACAGCUCACUCACCCGCCUGCUGCAGUGGCAGAAUGCCCGCUCCCACAUCGUGCAUUGCCUCCUCAGCCAGAAACUGGGGCUCUUCCACCACUACUGCUACCUGGACACACCCUGGCAUGAGGACAGCAAGCAGGAGCCAAACCCUUUCCUGAACUCCACCCUGGAGGUGGAUGCCCUGAUCCGGAGCUCGAGCCCUCCUCCCAACAAGGAGCAAGGCCGGCUCAGCAGCUCUACGCGCAGCCUGCCGUCCCUGCACUUCCCCCCUGACAUGAUGCCCUUUGACGAGGCUCUGCGAGAUGUCACCGCCCUCAAGAGCGUCCCCCUUGGCCCAGAGCUGGGGCCACGUGACCCAGUGUCUUGGCAUGGUGCCCAGUUCCUGGAAAUCAAGAGCCUGGAGAGGAGAGAGCUGGAGAAGCAGAUGAAGAUUGAGAAUCUCUUUGUGACGUGGCAGCAGAGAUCAGCACAGUCCAACAUGCCCAUCGGUCUGGCAGACCUGGAGACCCUGAAGCAGUCCUCGCGCCUGGUUCACUACUGUGCCACACCACUGCUCUUCGACCCAGCUUUCCGGCAGCAGAUCCAGGCCGACCAGCAGGCGAAGCUGGAGGGGAAGAAGCGCCAUCGCUCGAGCGACUCGACGGCGUCGGGGCGGGACCGGAGCCACAGCUGCGACUCGGCAGAGGUGCUGCCCUGCAAGCUGAAGGAGGAGCCCUGGCUGCAGGAGAUGUGCAACGCCUUCCUGCAGCAGUACAUCCAGUACCUGCAGAGCAUGGGUUUCAUCCUGGUGCAGGUGCGGCCCCCCUCGCCCGCCCGCAGUAGCACAAGCCGGAUCCGAGCUCCGGCAUUCCUGGGCACUGAGGGGAGAGGCUCCUUCUCCUACAAGCCCAAAGCAGAUGGGAGUCCGAAGAGCACAAGCCCCCCAGUCGCCACCUACCACCUGCAGAGAGCCCUCCCGGGCGGCAUUGUGCUCAUGGAGCUGGGCUUCCAGGGCUGUUACUUUUGCGUGAAGCAGUAUGCGCUGGAGUGCUCGCGGAUCCCAAUGGGCCAGUCCGUCAACUCGCAGGGUGCUCUCACGGCCAGAGCUCGUAGCAAGAGCUGCAUGGGACCCAGCUCCAUCUCUGAGUCUGCGCUCUCCAUGCUCUUCACGGAGGAGUGUGACAAGGUGCGGGACCUCAUGCACGUGCACUCGUUCAGCUACGACUUCCACCUGCGCAUCGUGCACCAGUACCUGCUGGGCUCCCACAUGACCCUGCGCCAGGGCUACCACCUCACCAGCUUCCUGGAGGACUUCAUCGCCCACCACCCCGACAUCCCCAAGUUCGGCCGCAACCAUGUCUUCCAAGGUACGCUGGCCAUGCCCACCAACAUGAUAACAGCCCAUCAGCUCUACAACUACGUGGCAGACCAUGCCAACACCUACCACAUGAAGCCCCUGCGCAUGGCCCGGCUGGCUGCGGGCAGCGACGGCAGGAAGGGGACCCCGGGCAUGGAGCAGAACGAAUACGCGCUGGUCUCCAUCUGGAACAGCUCAGGCUCCUACAAGGACUCGGAGGGGAUGCGGCACCAUGACGACUUCGACGUGUCCCUGCUGGUGUGUCACAGCGCGGCGCCGUUCGAGGAGCAGAGCGAGGCGGAGAGGCACGUGCUCCGGCUGCGUUUCUACGUCGUCAUGACGAGCCAACGGGAGCUGUUCCCCCGGCUGACAGCCGACAUGCGGCGCUUCAAGAAGCAGCCACGCUUACAGCGGGAGAACACGCUGGAGCCAGUGGUGGGCCGGGCGGCAUGGGAGGCGCCGGAGCCGGGUCAGGGCUGGCAGCAGCAGGCGGAGCGGGAGCUGUGGCAGGAGGGAGAGGACAGCAGCGAAUUCUACGCGGGCGGUGCCCAGGUCAAGCUGGGCCCUGGGCUGUUCUACACGUCGCCGCUCUUCCCCCUGCUGGCCUCCGAGGUGGCCGUGGCCCAGAAACAGCUGAGCAGCAUGGUGCACCUGGCCAAGUGCCACUGCCGCAGGGACAACCUCUGGAAACGCCUCUUCCUGCUGGAGCCGCUGGCCUCGGACAAACUCAAGCUGGGCAAGCUGUCGCUGGGGGAGCUGGAGGAGCUGCUGAACGCAGUGCACGGGAAAUCCAUCGCUGACAUCGACCCCCAGCUGGGCUGCUUCCUCACCAUGACUGUGCCCUGGUACCAGAGCCUCAUCAAAGUGCUGCUGAGCCGCUUCCCGCAGAGCUGCCGCCACUUCCACAACGUCGAAACUGGCACCCAGUAUCUGGUCGUGCUCAAUCAGAAGUUCACAGACUGUUUUGUUCUUGUGUUUCUGGAUUCCCACUCAGGGAAGACGAGCCUGACGGUGGUUUUCCGGGAGCCGUUCCCCGUGCAGCCCCAGAACAGUGAGAGCCCACUGCCGCAGCUAGUGUCCACCUACCAUCACCUGGAAUCUGUCAUCAACACGGCCUGCUUCAACCUCUGGACAGGGCUGCUCUAGCCGGCGCCAGCACCUUCCAGCCAGACACACCGCGCCGCACCACGUCUGCACCCAGGAGCUGACCUCCAGCAGGAUCCCCCCAGCGCUGCUGGCAGCACGGGGGUCACGUGAUGCACGAGUAAUGGACAGAGUGGAGGGUGCAUGGGGCUUGGCGGCUCCCCUGGACUCCAGCUAGCCCAGACUCCCCAGAAGGGGUGAGCCGGGGGGGGUGUCCCCCCUUCUCGGGUAGGGGAGCUGCUGUUAAGGACACUCACGUGUAUUUGACACUGAAUGGAUUUGAAAUGGAGACCCAAGGAGGGUCCCGGCGCACCUGCCACAGCUAAACAGCUGCCAUCUCUGGGCCCAGAAACCUGGCACCCAUGUAUGCCCAGCCCUGGGCCUGGUGACGGAACUGCCUGGCAUGCUGGGCCGGAGCCAGGCACAGUCCUGAGGGCACCGAGCACGGCUGCUGCGGGCCGUCACUUCGAUGAGUGGAAGCAGGGUGGGAUUUCAGUGAUGGGCCAGCCGCGGUGCGGCAGGGGGGUUAUGAGAAUGUACUGAAGGACGUCACUGUCAAAUA